AAGCUGCCCGCAGACUGACCGCGCAAAGCAUUGCAUUGGACAGUUCCGGCCAAGCCGUAGCGAACGUUCGCCAUGCCUGUGCCAGAGCCAGAUGUUGAGGUGCCUUCCGGUGACACCAAGAAGGGUGCCAAGCUCUUCAAGGCUAAGUGUGCUCAGUGCCACACCAUCGAGCAAGGCGGUAAUACCAAACAAGGCCCUCCUCUUUGGGGUCUUAUUGGUCGCACAUCAGGCACCUGCGAUGGUUUUGCCUACUCCGAAGCCAACAAGAACGCUGCCAUUGUGUGGUCAGACAAGCACUUGUUCGAGUAUUUGCUGAACCCCAAGAAGUACAUCCCUGGUACCAAGAUGGUUUUUGCAGGCAUCAAGAAGGAGAAGGAGCGGGCUGAUUUGAUUGCCUACAUGGCCGAGAUGAAGUAAAGACCAAUUGCGAUCCCUUGUUGAGUCACCAACUUGGUACAACGAUUCAACGUACAGCAGCAGUAGCUGUCUUGUGAUCAAAAA